CACUGGACCAGUUUGCCAGCAUUCCAGACAGCGUCAUCAGUCCCUAGCCCAGCCACCCUACGGUAGGUACACCAGCUCAGAACAAGCACACAUCUCUCCAUCAUGGCUGCCACCUGGACCCUGGAGGACGACAUGUCCUGCCCUGUGUGCUGCGAUGUUUUCACUGACCCUGUGGUGCUGGGCUGCAGCCACAGCUUCUGCAGGAGCUGCCUGGACAACUACUGGAACACUCGGGUCAUCAAAAAGUGCCCCGUCUGCCGCAAACAUUCCCUAACCGACGCUCCACCCAGUAACCUGGCUCUGAGGAACAUCGUGGAGACCUUUGCGAGGGAGAGGAGCCACAAUACCACCAAGCAGGUUGAGACGAGAGAGGGGGAGAAGGAGAGCCAGGGAAGGAGGGAGUCAGGAGGGAGGAGUGGGUUGGUACCGGAUGGGGAUGAAAGGUGCAUUCUCCAUGGGAAGAGGUUGUUGUUGUUCUGUGUGGAGGACCAGGAGGCUCUGUGUGUGGUGUGUCAGACCUCCAGGAGACACAGGACUCAUCAGCUCUGCCCUGUGGAUGAGGCUGCUCAGGAACUCAAGGAGGAAGUGAAAGUAUCUAUCAUCCCUCUGAGGAGGAAGUUGGAGACAUUCCAAAAGUUGAAGGAGGAUUGCAUGAAAACAGCAGAACACAUCAAGAGCCAGGCCAAGCAAGCAGAAAGGAAUAUAAGAGAUGAGUUUGUGGCGCUGCAUCAACUCCUGCGCCUGGAGGAAGUUGUCCGGCUGUCUGCCCUCUCUGAGGAGGUGGACAUGAAGACAGUUAUAAUGGCAGAGAAGAUUGAACACCUGGCCAAGAAGAUGACCUCCUUGACCAGCAACAUCAGAGAGAUAGAACAGGAUAUAGAGGCAAACGACCUGCCAUUUCUCCAGGCUUACAAGAACAACAAAGCAAGGGCCAACUGUACAUUGCAGGAUCCAGAGCCUGUAUCAGGGGCAUUGAUCGAUAUGGCCCAACACCUGGGUAACCUAAGGUUCAAGAUCUGGGAGAAGAUGCAGGAGAAUGUGCAAUACACCCCAGUGACUCUGGACCCCAACACCGCGGCCCCCUGGCUAUCUCUCUCAGACGACCUGACCAGUGUGUGCGUCAGUGGAGAGAAGCCUCACGUCCCCAACAACCCAGAGCGCUGUGACACGUGUGUUUGCGUGCUGGGGGCCGACCGCUUCAGUUCCGGCAGUCACUGUUGGGAGGUGGAGGUGGCGGGUAAGACCAGAUGGGACCUGGGGGUCCUGAGAGAGAGUGUGAGUAGGAAAGGGGUCCUGGGUGUGAACCCUGCCCACGGGUUCUGGGCCCUGUCCCUGAGGGACGGCGGCCAGUACAGCGCCUGCACCAUGCCCUGGACCCGUCUCACUCUGAAGAGGAGGCCCAGGAGGGUCAGAGUGUGUCUGGACUAUGAUGCGGGAGAGGUGACUUUCUAUGACCCCACUGACAUGUCACUCAUCUAUACAUUCAGGGACAAGUUUAAAGAGCCAUUGUUGCCCUACCUCUGUCCCUGUGUGAGUGACAGCGGCCGCAAUGCUGAGCCACUAAAGAUAUGCCCUGCUAAAGUCUCAUUGGUUCAUGAUGUUGGUGAUAAAGUUUUGUAGAUUUACAAGAUGUAUUUUCUCGAGGAGACAUUGCUAAAACAUCCAUAUGUCUCACUAUCUAUUAUUAACACAAUGGAUGUAUAUUUUAUAUAUUGA